ACUGUCCAGAGCCGGACAGGCAGCUAGCUGACCACCACAGGAGUUUACAAACCUCUGACCCAACGCGGCGCUGGAAUUUGGAAACUAACGGAUUUCUUUUCCCCAAACAAGGCUAAAAGACUCGCCGCGAUGGAGAUGUAUCAGGCUGGAUAUUACUACGAAGACUUCAGAUCGCAAGAAGUCCCAUCCGGGUUCGACUGCGGAUCUUAUGAUGCCAGCGGAGACGAUCUGUCUUUCAUGGUGGACAGCACCGUGACGGGACACCAGAGCUUCCCCGAGGUGUACGACGACCUGCCGAAGGAGUUCGGGCUCUACAGCUCCAAAGCGGGCUACAGCGACUCCGGACUGUUCGAUCUGGACUGCUACUCCGACCAGCAGUACUGGACAGCGCACACAAAUGGAGGCAGCGGGACUGCAGUAGACCCUGCCCAGGGGGUGUACCAGGAGCCCAGUCACUCGGGACAGAGCUAUCAGACUCUGCUCCCGGUAGGGCACCUGGCUCCGAGGGACGAGAACAGCGCUUCCGCCGUCGACGGCCAGAAUCACUAUCUGCCUCUGACGCAAGAGCCCCAGCCGGCAGGGGGCAGCGCAGUCAGCUUGGAGCACCUCGGUUGUCCGGAUCCAAGCUACGCGCACGGCGGCCUGGUUUUCAAAUCCGAACCCCAGGAACCCCCUCGGCAUUGGAGCGAUUUUAUCCCUCCCAGCAGCGGCCGGCCCCCCAGGGAGUACGCCUCGCCCCCCGCCCUCCCCGCGGAGCGCUGCUGCCACCGUGUGGCCAAACACAGAACGCCAAGACAAGCCUCUCAGAGGGCUGGGACCGAAACUCGCCAGGCAGCGGGAAUCGUAGCUUAUACCGGCUCCGGGCCCAUGCAGCUCUGGCAGUUCCUGCUGGAACUUCUCCUGGACGAGUCGUGUCAGAGUUUCAUCAGCUGGACAGGAGACGGCUGGGAGUUCAAGCUCUCCGACCCUACAGAGGUUGCCAGACGCUGGGGUCGGUGCAAGAACAAGCCCAAGAUGAACUACGAGAAGCUGAGCCGGGGCCUGCGGUACUACUACCACAAGAACAUCAUCCACAAGACCGGCGGCAAGCGCUACGUGUACCGCUUCGUCUGCGACGUGCAGGGCAUGCUGGGC